AUGCCGGGGGCUCUCGAGAGACUGCUGGGCCCCACGCUCGUCGGGAAAGGCGGGAGAGUCGUUCAGACUUCUUCGAUCGACUCAGGAGUCGUCGGCAUUUACUUCAGCGCGCACUGGUGCCCGCCAUGCCGCCAGUUCACUCCCAUGCUUGCACGACGGUACCAUGAGCUGAAGAGCUUGAAUAAGGCCUUCGAGGUCGUCUUCAUCAGCUCGGACCACGACAAGGGCUCUUUCGACGAAUACUUCGGCUCCAUGCCGUGGCUGUCUCUCCCUUUCGAAGAUCGAGCGCGGAAAGCGUCGCUUUCGCAGAUUUACGGAGUGUCGGGCAUUCCCACCCUCGUUCUCGUUGACAGCAACGGGACUCUCGUCGAUCGAAAUGGACGCCAAAAGGUUUUCGAUGCGACAUUUGCACAGAGCUUGCCGGAGAAAAUCGAUGUGGAAGUGCGCGGCCUCACGCUGGAAAGCGUUAUUGAUACUAUCAGCUGCGACGCAGCUCUGUCUGACGAAGAACGGACGGUCGGCUAUUCCACGCUCGUUAAAGUCGUGUCGAACAUUCUGAACAACCCCGGAGAUCCCAAGUAUCUGACGCUGAAGAAGAGUAACGCGUCUGUACAGUCCAAGCUGGGAAACCGCAAUUUUAUCAAGAUUCUCAAGCUGGCAGGUUUCCAGGAGACGCCUGAAGCCUACAAGUGUAGCGAGUAUCCCGACACCGGCAAACUCAAAGAAGUUCGAGACGUGCUGAACUCACUCCUCCUCAGCAUGUCAUAG